UUCCCAGACACCUUCAUGACAGGACAAGGCCCAAACUGUGAAAGAAGCACAGAUCAAAGAGCCUAGGCUUGAGCUUCUGGCCAAGACACACACACUUUUUUUUCACAGGAGAUCCGGGUGGGUGUCCACCUGGGAAAGAGAUUCAUUCCAUCACAACACAUCAGCCCUCAGAUAUCCAGAGUGGUCCAAGACUCCAGCAUCAAGGCCAUGUACGUCCGCGAGGACUACCCUUAUCCACACAAUCACAUGACCAAGAGCUAUGGAUACUAUCCACAAGGACAGAUGAAUCCUGUUUGCCGGGCAAGCGGUGGUGAAGCAGAGUUGAUGUCUCUUCCCGUUCAUGCGGCGCUUCAGGGACGAGAUCUGUGGGACAAAUUUAACAACGUCGGCACUGAGAUGCUCAUCACUAAAAUGGGCAGACGCAUGUUUCCCAGCUGCAGAGUCACAGUGAUGGGGCUGAACCCCAAAGUCAAGUAUGUGCUGAUGAUGGACAUGGUGCCGUUUGAUAAUAACAAGUACAAGUGGAACAGGGACCACUGGGAAGUGAGCGGUAAAUCCGAACCCCACCUUCCAAACUGUUUCUUCAUUCAUCCGGACUCACCUGCUUUGGGAGAAAGGUGGAUGCAGUAUCCGAUCUCCUUCCAUAAACUCAAGCUCACCAACAACACACUCAACUCUAAAGGCUUGCAAGUGGUGCUUCAUUCCAUGCAUAAAUACCAGCCUCGUCUACACAUAGUCCAGGCCCCUGACCCAUGUGGAGGCCACAAUGGUGGAUACCUGCGCUUUACUUUCCCAGAAGCAGCCUUCAUAGCAGUUACAUCCUACCAGAACCAAGAGAUCACCAAGCUGAAAAUUGACAACAACCCCUUUGCCAAAGGCUUCCGUGACAACGGACUUAGCAGGAAAAGGUUUCGAGACAAGGAUAUUCGUCAGAGGUCAGAUUCAAGGUCACAAUGGGACAGGCCACUAAAUAAGCAAGCAAGACUGUUAAACAUGGAUGAUGAGGAAGAAGAGCAGGAAGUCUCCAGCUCAGUGGACUCCCCUGGUGCACUCUGCGUCCCAGAAGUGAGAACUCCACCUGCGCCCGUCUCGAACCUUUUCUUACCAGCAUUUCUGAAGUGUGGAUUGGCCUGUGGCCAGGAAGGAAUAAAUCAGAGCCCCAUUUCCCAUCAAUGCCAGCAUACUUUUCACAGCGAGAACAGCGACUCCAGGAGGUCUGAAGACAAUCUCCAGUACAAGUGUGUCUCUUUCCCAGAAGGCCACGGCACCCAAAUCCCAACACCACAGCAGCCUCCGUGUCAUGGCCCAGACAUCCAGACCCCAGCAGUACACCAGAUUUACUCAACCCAUUUCAAACUCAAUCAGUCCCUCCAUCUGCCACCCAAACUCAGCCGUAUGCAGAUGCCCGAAAGUGUCUUUAAAAGCCUGGAACUUAAUCCAAAACCCCUGUCUGACAUUUUCAACAUAAUCCGGCCACGAGCCCUUGCCAAGGAUUCACAAAUUAAUCCCCAACACGACCAGACCGCUUCGGGCUCAAACAGGGAAGCGAAAGCCUUGAUUUUCCCAGCUGUCCAAGACUCUGCUGCGGCAUUUUACACUGAACAAUACACUGGCCGUACAAAAGAGUGGCCUGCUUUCAAUGGGAACACAGGGCAGAGAAGCUCUGAGACACCAGAUCAGUGACAUUUUCACAGCUGGGGAAAAGGUAGAAAAAGUGGUGCUGGGAAAUAAAGUCAUGGACUUAAAAAAAGAUUUUCUUGGGCAUUUUCCAAGACAUGAAUAUAGUGGAUUUUUUCCUUUUGGAGUGGGUAUACGAAUAAAACCGUAAAAUAGUUUUUAUGUGGACAUGAGUGAUAUUACAUUAUCUGGAGCAUGCAGGUUUUCUCCAUUAUAUUAGACUCCGUUAAUGUACAUUGUACUAUGACACAAUGGUUAGGUCUUACCUCAGAAAGGAGCAUUUUGUGAUGUUUCGAGAACCCUGCUGCUUCCGACUUCAAUAAAAACGCAACACUACUGCUGAUUCUGACUGUAGGUGCGAGAACCAUAGACAAAGGCUGAGGGGACAAAAUGUUAUUGUCCAUUUGGGAUUGCAGAUCUACCUGAAGCCCAUGUGUUAUGAGAUCUGACCUGGGAGUGAAACUAGUCAGGGACUUGUUGGAUAUCGGCAGCCCCCAGAGAUGAGCUUUGUUACUAAAUUAUUUACAGAAAAUCAAUAAAAGGAAAAAGCAAUACAUCCACUUAAGCUGCAUUGGGCUAACAUGCUGUGUUUGAAAGAAGCCUAACUGGCAGUGUACUGGCAAAAAAAAAAAAAAAAAAAAAAUCCACCAGUACCAUGCCUAACUUUCUCAAUAUACAUUUUCCCUUCAUUUUAUUUCCCCAGUUUGUUCACCUACCAAUUCCCACCCAUCAGCCAGUUUUCCCCAAUCACACGAGUGAAUGCUACCAAGUGCGGAGACACCAAGCGUGCCAACUUGGUCUUCUAAAAAAAAAAAAAAAAAACGCUGAAUCACGGCGCACUGGAACACCCUUGGGGAAUCGCUAUUUGCUCUUUUACAGCGUACAAUUUCACAGAUGCCAACGAUUGGCGAUUGUUACUUUGAUUGACAGGAGACACACAGAAUGCCAUCCCUCCUGACCAGAAAGCACAGCUCUUGGUCCCUGGUUCCUGGACAUAGCUGGCUGUGGCAUCGUUGGAUCUGGAAAAGGUUUAGGAAUAUUUGUAAACAUUACAAACCCCUCGCAUUUAAGA